AUGGGGAAUGAAUACAAGAAAAUUAUUCUGCUGCAGGGUUUGGAAGUCAUCAAUGAUUAUCACUUUAACAUAGUUAAGUCUUUACUGGCUGAUGAUUUGCAAUUGACAAAGAAAACACAAGAAGAAUAUGAUAGAAUUAAGAUCGCUGACUUAAUGGAAGAAAAGUUCCCAAAUGGUGCCUGUGUAAAAAUACUGAUAGACUUGUUCAAAGAUAUCAAAGAUCUCAAAAAAGAUAUCAUUGAAAAUCUUAGAAAAGCAAUGAUAAAAGUUGCAAAGAAAACUAAAGAAACAAAAACUCCACGUCAAAGGAGCAAUCAGGAUAGAACAAAUCCUGCAUCACCCACAACCACCACAAAAGAAGGUCAGAAACGCAAGAGCACAACUAAGGAGAAGCCUGUAACCAAAAAGAAAAAGGUUACUGAGGAGCAGGGUCAGCCUUCCUGUUCUUCAGCGGAGGGCACAUCUGCAAACAACGACCAGUUGCAGCCUCCUCAAGUCUCAUCAUCAACUCCGUCCUCCACUUUCUUCACUGAGAAUCAAGAACAGCAGAGGCAAUGUGAAGGAGCUACUAAAAGAAAUACUCUCCAAAGAAGCCCACUGGUAGUGAUGGUCCUGAAAGUAACAGAGCCAUUUAAAUAUAAGUGUCCAGAAAAGGGUGAAAGCAUGAUGUUUCAUGCUACUGUGGUUACAGAGAAUAAAUACUUCUAUGUGAAGGUUUUAAACGUCAACCUGAAGGAGAAGUUUACCUUAAGGAGGAUCAUUGUCCUUACACAUUAUUUUGAACAUAGAGGCGUACUAGAGAUAAAUGAAUUAUCAUCUGUAUCUGAAGCUGGUCCUAAUCAAAAGAUUGACCCCCCAAUCAGAAUUAUUAAGAGAGCAAAUGAAACUCCCAAGAUUGAUACUAUUCAAAAGCAAGCAUCAGGAACAUUCGUGUAUGGGUUGUUUGCAUUACAUAAGAAAAAAGUGAAUUUAAAGAACACAAUCUAUGAAAUUCAAGAUGACACAGGAAAGAUGGAUGUCGUAGGGAGUGGAAAAUGGCACAACAUUAAUUGUAAGGAAGGAGAUAAGCUUAGACUAUAUUGCUUUAAACUGAGAACAAUUGAAUACAAGUUGAAAUUGGCAUGUGAAGUUCACAGCUUAAUUAAGAAAAAAGACAUAGCAGAUAGCAGACUUGAAGGAAAAAGGAGGAGAAAAUCAGUGUGUUCCACUGAACCUCGUAUUCAAAGUCAGCACUCAUUCACCCAAACUGACUCUCAGAAGAUAAAAGUCCCUCAAGUGAAAGAUGAAAAUGAGCAGAACUUUGGAUACAGCAGCACAAGUGGCACAGAAAGUCAAACUCAGACUCCCGUGAUGGCUCAAGUCCUCAGCAGUUUCACAUUCAAGGAAAUUUGCAACCAGUUUUUCAUUCAGGUCUACUGGAAUUGCAAAGACCAUGAAGACACAUUUUUCUAUUAUGAGAUUGUCAAGCAUUCAGAGAAAAGAGAAAAAUCAAACAUCAUAGUUAAAGAAGAAAAGGAGGAAAAUGUAGUCUGCCUCACUUCAUCUCCUCAAGUCCAGCACGCAGCCACCCAAACUUCUGUGUCCAAAUGGAUGAAACACCCCCAAGAGCAGUACAAACACACACAUGUGCUUGGAAGCAGAAACACAUAUCCAACCGCCAGCCAAACUGAGGUUCACGUGAUGCCUCCAGUAUCUCCAUCCACUAGUUUCACAUAUGAGAAACAAGGAUCGGAGAUUAAUUUUAAAGAAGCUUCCAGAGAAGAAGGUAUCCAGAAAGGUCCCAAAAUAGUAAUGGUGUUAAAAGCAACAAAACCCUUUGAAUAUGAGCACAGAAAUGAGACUAGAAUGAUGUUUCAUGCCACUGUGGCUACUCAGAGUGAGUUCUUCCACAUGAAGAUUUUUGACAUAAACCUAAAGGAGAAGUUCACCCCAAAAAGAGUUAUUGCCAUAUCAGAUUAUGUUGGUCGAAAUGGCUUCCUGGAGGUGUAUAAUGUUUCGAUUGUGACUGAUGUUAAUGUUGAACAAAAGAUGGAGAUCUCAAGUACACUUAUUAAAAUUGCAAAUGCAACUCCUAAAAUUGGACAACUUCUCUUGCAAGUCCCAGGAACAUUUGUGAAUGGGGUGUUUAAGGUGUAUAAGAAAAUGGUGAGGGACAAAUGCAUAUACUAUGAAAUACAAGAUAAUACUGGGAAGAUGGAAGUGUUAGUAUACGGAAGAUUGACCCAAAUCAAUUGCCAAGAAGGUGAUAAACUUCAACUCAUUUGCUUUGAAUUGUCACCAAGUAUGCACUUGUGGCAGCUGAGAUCUGUAAUUCACAGUUUCAUGAAGGUUAUCAAGGCUAAGAAACACAUCAACCAGUCGAUCAAUCCUAAUUCAAAUAUGGAAACUUGA